AGGAGGAAGGAGGGUGAGCAAGGAAGAUGGCGGAGUCGGGGUUCUUGACGGAAUUCUAAUGAAUCACUGAUUGACCAGCACUAUUUUACCAGUUGAAGUGAGUUAUCAGAAAUGGGCAUAGUGCUUUUAGAUCCAACUUGUAACAGAUGGAUGUUAUUCCAUGCUGAUUCUUCCAGCCAACACAUUUUUGAUUGUAUAGGAUCUUUAUCUCUUCAUCUCUGAAUUCCAAUUUCUGGCAAAUAAAGUAAAAGGAGUUCAUGUUGUUUUUGUCCAAGAUUGAGUCACCAUGAGUAGUAGUUUAGGAAAAGAAAAAGACUCUAAAGAAAAAGAUCCCAAAGUACCAUCAGCCAAGGAAAGAGAAAAGGAGGCAAAAGCCUCUGGAGGUUUUGGGAAAGAAAGCAAAGAAAAAGAACCUAAGACCAAAGGGAAAGAUGCCAAAGAUGGAAAGAAGGACUCUAGUGCUGCCCAACCAGGGGUGGCAUUUUCAGUUGACAAUACGAUCAAACGGCCAAAUCCAGCACCUGGGACUAGGAAAAAAUCCAGUAAUGCAGAGGUGAUUAAAGAGCUCAAAAAAUGCCGGGAAGAGAAUUCAAUGCGUUUGGACUUAUCCAAGAGAUCUAUACACAUAUUGCCAUCAUCAAUCAAAGAGUUGACUCAAUUAACAGAACUUUAUUUAUACAGCAACAAAUUACAGUCCCUUCCAGCAGAGGUGGGCUGCCCAGUAAAUCUCAUGACACUGGCGUUAAGUGAAAAUUUACUUACCAGUUUGCCUGACUCACUUGAUAACUUGAAGAAGCUGCGGAUGCUUGAUUUAUGGCAUAAUAAACUGAGAGAAAUUCCUUCAGUGGUGUACAGGCUAGAUUCUCUCACCACUCUAUACCUUCGCUUUACUCGUAUAACUACUGGAAAAGACAUCAAAAAUCUGUCAAAACUCAGCAUGCUUAGCAUUCGAGAGAACAAAAUCAAACAACUGCCUGCUGAAAUUGGUGAAUUAUGUAACUUCAUUACGCUGGAUGUAGCUCACAAUCAACUUGAACACCUUCCAAAGGAGAUUGGAAACUGCACACAGAUAACCAACCUUGACUUGCAGCACAGUGAACUGCUAGAUCUCCCAGAUACUAUAGGAAACCUGUCCAGUUUAAGUCGUCUUGGCCUGAGAUAUAACAGACUAUCAGCAAUACCCAUAUCAUUAGCAAAAUGCAGUGCACUUGAAGAAUUAAAUUUAGAGAACAAUAACAUUUCUACUUUACCAGAGAGUCUUUUAUCAAGUCUCGUGAAACUGAAUAGUUUGACUUUAGCUAGAAAUUGCUUCCAGUUAUAUCCAGUAGGUGGGCCAUCUCAGUUUUCUACCAUCUAUUCUCUCAAUAUGGAACACAAUCGAAUCAAUAAAAUUCCAUUUGGAAUCUUCUCCAGAUUAAAAGUAUUAAGUAAGCUGAAUAUGAAGGACAAUCAGUUAACAUCACUUCCCUUGGAUUUUGGAACUUGGACCAGUAUGGUAGAAUUGAAUUUAGACACUAAUCAGCUGACAAAGAUUCCUGAGGAUGUGUCUGGUCUCGUGUCUCUUGAGGUUCUAAUAUUUUCAAACAAUCUUCUAAAGAAGCUUCCCCAUGGUCUUGGAAACCUUAGAAAGUUGAGAGAGUUGGAUCUAGAGGAGAACAAAUUGGAAUCCUUGCCAAAUGAAAUUGCUUAUCUUAAGGAUUUACAGAAAUUAGUCUUGACAAACAACCAGUUGACCACUCUUCCCAGAGGCAUUGGUCACCUUACCAAUCUCACUCAUCUUGGCCUUGGAGAGAACCUACUUACUCAUCUUCCUGAGGAAAUUGAUACACUGGAGAACCUAUAAGAACCGUAUUUGAAUGACAACCCCAACCUACAAAGCCUCCCUUUUGAGCUGGCUCUCUGCAGCAAACUUUCAAUCAUGAGUAUUGAGAACUGUCCAUUCAGCCACCUUCCACCUCAGAUUGUUGCUGGGGGGCCUUCUUUCAUCAUUCAGUUCCUAAAGAUGCAGGGUCCAUAUUGUGCCAUGGUCUGA